AUGCCAACUGUACCGGAAGGUGAAACAAUUUGUCGAAUUAAAUUAUUACGUCCCGAAUUACCACCAGAAAUACAACCGGAAAAUAUUACUGAUUUACGUUGUGCUAUUAAUAAACGUUUGAUACAAAAGCGUAAAACAAUACAUCCAGAAUGGAAUGAAAGUUGGGAUACAGGUGUUGUAGCCGGAAGAGUAUUACAGGUUAUUCUUCUUAAUGGUACCAUACAUGUUGCUGAUGCUACAAUGCGACAACAGGACAUUAUAUCAAAAUGCAAAUGGGAAAAUGCUACACAUGUUUGGAUUAAUUUGAAGCCAGCAGGACGUAUUCUUGCUCAAGCUUGUCACAUUAGCAAUCCUGGUUAG